AUGUCAUCUGAAGAAGCUGAUCCGGCCCUCAAAGAAUGGAGCAAAAAAGAAGAGGCGAAUCAAAAUGAACAAAUGCGAUCCCAACUGGAACGAUUGACCAAAGGUCCCAGGAAGAGCUGCCUCCACCGAACAUUCAAUUUGCUAUCGUUUGUCAUGGGUAUGGCUGGAUUCCUCAUGAUUAUUGGACAGCUGAUAGGCUUGUAUUACUAUGAGAUGGACCCGAUCCAGGGUAUCAUGAGAGGAUAUGUGGUACUCAUGUCUCUGUUGGUGAUUUUGACCGAAUUGCAAUGGUUUCAAUUCAUUCGAGAAUCUGCCAUUCUUCGGAUUUGGAUUACCCGUGGCAUCUUUUAUUCCUUUGUGGGUGUGUUGGGCCUGGAGGAGAAUGACACGACAAAGAUAUCCAGCGAACACGUGGGUGUGGCAUCAGCUGUGAAAUUUGUGGAAGUUGUGGCAUACAUAAUGGUGGGCUGUGGCUGUCUGUACUUUGUCAUGGGGUGUCUAUGUCUGCAGCUGAUUUAUAACCGAGUGGUGACAGACUACGAACAAAGAGUGAGCGAGGCCAAGGCCAACCAGAAAAAGGUCACCGGCGGCUACAAAGAUCCAACCAGCAAUGGAUCCAUGGCGUAG